AUGGCGGCGGGCGCCUCGGACCCUCUGGAAGAGAUGCUGCUCUUCUCCGAGGAGGUGGACGAGAAGGCGGUCAGCGACCUGGUGGGCUCCUUGGAAUCGCAGCUGGCUGGCGGCCGGGGCUCCGCCGAGGCGCCCCAGCCCAGGACCUCCGCCCCGUCCCAGCAGCAGCAGCCGCAGCAGCAGCAGGGGAGCUUAGCGGGGGGCAGCAGCCCCGUCCGGCAGCAGCAAGGGCACCCCGCUCCUCCCCCGGCCCCGGCGGCAGGGGAGGCGGCGGGGCGCCCCGGAGCCGCGGAGAGCCGAGCCCCUGCCCAGGGGCCGCUCCCGUCCCCGUCCCCCCCGGCGGCAGCGGCGGUGUCGGCGGCGGCGGCGGCGGCAGGGCGGGGAGUGAGUGUAAACAGUAGUAGUGUGCAGCAAUCACAUGGAGCCGCUCUCCUCAGCAGCAGCAGCAGCAGCCCCGCCGCCCCUGCCCCGCCGCAGCCCGCCGGCCCCCCUGCCCAGCCUGUCACCACCACCAACAACAACCACCCCCGUGCGGCUGCCCGGGACGCGGCCAGCCCCGACCCCGGCGGCAGCCCGCCCGCCGCCGACUGCCCGCCGCCGCUGCGAGCCGAGGCCGCGGGGGGGAGCGGGGCGGGGGGCGGCGGGCGGCAGGGAGCCGAGGAGGAGGAGGAGAGCACCGCUGCUGCCGCCUCCUCAACGCCCUCGGUGCUCCCCGGUGAGGCGGCGCCCAACGGGGAAGGCGCCGGGGGCCGGCCGGCGGCAGUGCCCCCAGUCAGCAACCAUCAGAGCCGCGGCAGCGCCGACGCCGCCCCGGCGCAGCCCAAGCCCUCGCACGGCCCGCUCCCCGCACUAAACGCACUCGGCAACUCCGCCAGCCCCGCGCCCGCCGCCGGCGCUGCCACCCCGCCGGGACAAGGCUCGGUCGCCAACUGCGCCCCGCCGCCCUCCGCCGCGGUGGCGCCCGGUGGCGGCCCCAAGCCCGCGGGCGUCGCCAAGGCGGGCGUUGCGCUCCCCGCCGCCCCCCAGGCCCUGUCGCCCAGGCCGGCGCUGGGCGCUGCCCCGAGGAUCGUGGCCCCCCAGCUGAUCGUCAGGCCGCCGCAGCAGACCACCAUCCAGCUGCCGCCGGGCUUCACGAUACCGCCGGGUAUGGUCUUGGUGCGCACGGAUGCUGGACAACUUGUAAUGGUGCCUCAGCAGGCUCUAGCACAGGCUCAAAUGCAGGCUCAAGUACAAACGCAGGGACAGGGUCCUACCAGCAUUUCACCUAGACUUUCAGUGCCCACAAGUGGCCCAGUUUUUCGCCUGUCAACAGCUCAGCAACCAACUUCUGUAGCCACAUCUACUGUCCGCCUAGGACUUCCAGUGCAAGCCAAAGUUGUUCAAUCAACUGUGACACCUGUUAGUGCUACGUCCGCUGCAACUCUGCCAGGAGGCUCUAUUCUUUCACAUACCACAGUAUCAGUAGUUUCAACAAGUGCUCAAAAUGUAUUCAAGACCACAGUAGCAACAGUAGGAACAUCAGCAUCUCAACAACCUGCAGUAAUUACUGGUGGACAAACUCAAGCUUCAGCACAGACGCAGAGUCAGCCUCGGCUGCCACUUCCACCUCAUACAACAGCACAAGUACCAGCACAGCCUCAAGUAAUACCAAGCUCUCCUGUACCUGGAACUACAGUUGUAUCACAGGAAAUGCAAGAAAAUGUGAAAAAAUGCAAAAACUUUUUAGCUACUCUUAUAAAGCUUGCUUCUCAUAAUUCACCUUCUCCAGAAACGUCCCGUAAUGUGAAAGCUCUGGUUCAGGAUUUGUUGGAUGCAAAGAUUGAUCCAGAAGAAUUUACAGGCCGCCUUCAGUCAGAACUCAAAUCAUCACCCCAGCCAUAUCUUGUACCUUUCCUUAAGAAAAGUCUACCUGCAUUGAGACAAUCUUUACUGAAUAGUCAACAUUCAGUUUUGCAAGGACAGCCGUCUCAGCAGUCACUUCAACAAACCAAGCUAUCACAAGUUAUACCUCAAUCUGCCUCUGGAAGUAUUUCCUCUGUUGUCACAACGCAGACAAUAGGAAUAAGGCAACCAAACAACAUUUGCACAGUCUCUGUAUCAAAUACAGUGCAGCCUCCUCAGGUUAAGGUGGUACAGUCAAAUCAGAGUUCUCAACUGCAGAUUAUCCAGUCAACAUCUGCUCAAACUGUGAAACGAAACCCUGCUUGCCAGACUACCCAGAUUAGGAUGCCAGUGGUAAUAACUCAGACCAUUAGACCACAAGGCACAGUAGGGAAGGCACCAACAAUACAAGCCAGCAAAAGUCCUGGGGGCUUUGGUGUUCAGGUCUCUGGAAAUCAGAAAAACAAGCUGAAUGACCCUGGAGGUGGUUCUUUCAGAGAUGAUGAUGACAUCAAUGAUGUUGCAUCUAUGGCCGGUGUUAAUCUAAAUGAAGAAAGUGCCCGAAUUAUGGCUACCAACUCUGACUUGGUUGGAACCCAGAUACAGUCCUGUAAAGAUGAACCCUUUCUUGCUGCUAUACCUCUACACAAACGCAUACUUGAAAUGGCUAAAAAAUUAGGAAUUACUGAUGUGCCAGCUGAGGUGGUUACUUUUAUUUCCCAUGCAACACAAAACAGAUUAAGAACAGUGAUAGAAAAAGUAACGGUGAUAACCCAGCACCGCAUGGAAUCGUACAAAGAUGAUGAGUGGUAUGAACAAGCUACAGAUGUCCGAUCACAGCUAAAGUUUUUUGAACAGUUGGAGCGUUUAGAAAAGCAAAGGAAAGAUGAACAAGAGAGGGAAAUCUUGCUAAAGGCUGCCAAGAGUCGCUCAAGGCAAGAAGACCCAGAGCAAGCUAGACUGAAACAAAAAGCAAAGGAGAUGCAGCAACAAGAACUUGCACAAAUGAGGCAGAGGGAUGCUAAUCUAACUGCGUUGGCGGCUAUCGGUCCCCGGAAGAAACGGAAGCUUGAUUCACCUGGACUGCUCACCAUAGGAGGAGAGGGCCUCAGUAUGUCUGGUGGAAGUCAGGCUGGCUUGGGGACUCCUUCAUCCAGGCAGUAUGCCCGACAGAAAAUAACUCGCGUAAACCUCAGGGACUUCAUCUUCUACAUGGAACAGGAAAGAGAAACGAGCCAUUCUCUCCUGCUCUAUCGAGCUCUGCUUAAGUAAAGCCAAGAAUUGUACUGAUUUCUCCAUACAGAAGCUCAACUUGCAUUGAAAAGCUGUCAUUUUAAUGUGCCUUCUAUUUUUUUCAGAAGUCAAUGUUUCAGUAAUUUUGUUUUGUAAAAUUGUCAGACACAUGCAAUAAAUUCCCUUUAUGUAAAAAAAAAAAAAAAAAAAAAAAGGAAAAAAAGAAAGAAAAAAUGUGCAAAAGGUUUUAAAAUGUUAAAUCCACAGAUGUAACCAACUUCAAAGUCUUACUACAUUUGGCCAUUUUAGAUGAGGCUAAAAUAGAUGGCAUUGAAGUUACACAAAUGGCAAAACUGCUGCAAUGGCUUACAUAAACCAU